CUCUAUAUGCAAGGAAUUUAAACCGUUUAUCGAUUUUUCUCAAUCCAUUUUGCAAAUAUUUUGAGAUAAUAUAAAAACUGUUAAUAUUUAUUUAUCGUGCUCAAGAGAGUGGCCCAUGAAUUUAUUUUGAAUAUUUAAAUUAAAUAUGAUAAGUUUUUUGUGAAAGUGCUCAAACACGAAGAAUUGUGUAUGAAAACAAUAUUAAUUACAAUGUUAUCAAUAAGUAGUAACAAAGCUUAAAAAUAUUUGACUCAAAUUAAAAUAAUUUCAUAAACGAUUUAUAAAAUAUAUCUUUACCGUACGAAAAAUUAACAAUAAAAAAAACAAAAUAAUUUCAGAGUUCAAAAAGUAGACAUAACUUUGUGAAAUACAUUAGGUACAUACAUACCUACACAAAAACUUUUCGACGGAUUCUUCCGCUAUGUAUAAGACUAUUAGGCACGGUGAAAAUAGUCUUCAAUAUACAAUAUUACCACAAAACGACGAUUUUCGAGUAGAAAAUGGUAAAAUAAGUAAUGGUAAUGGCAUCAAAGGCAAAUACAAAAAUAAAGGCGAAAAACGUAAAUCAAUCUUUGCAUAUUUUGGCCUUCUAUUCAUUUGUACCGUUAUUAUUGGUGCAAUUUUAAUACCAUUUUUAGUUUCAACACAGUGUUUACCAAACCCAACCGAUUGGUUUACAAAAAAUAAAAAUUUAUUGACAAAUAAAAAUCUUGAUGAUUAUCAUCUAAACAGUUCUCAUCCAAACGGCAAGGCUCCUUCGUCUUCCAUUUUGAGUAAAACUUUAUUAGUCCCCUCGAAAUUCAGUCAAACAUCUGACAACACAAUUUCAGAAAAAACUUUUUUGGAAAGGCAAAUAGCAAAUGAUCCAUAUUCCAAGAAAAGUAAUGGAGACGACUAUAAUUAUGGGAAAUACACCAAACAAAAAGAAGAUCCCACCGUUAAUAUUGGCGCUGCCAAUAUUCCGCAAAGGCAUUCAACCGACAAAAAUAAAAUGCAUCAGGAAUUCGAAGACGAUUAUAAAAAGGUUGAACAAAAAGUGUUUGAAGUAAAACCUAAUUUUCAUGAAACUGAAAGGAAUACACAGCCAAAUAUACUCAAGAAAGUACAAUCAAUCACAGAAAUGCAAUCACAGAAAGAGUCGCUCCUUGAUACACAGCAAAAUGUUAACACAAAUAUAAAAAAUGAAAAACAAAUUUAUUCGCCAGAAAUGAAUUUUACACAAUAUUUAACUACUUUAACGCCCUUAAGCAUAAAAGUAAGUGUUCAACCCUAUGUGGAAAAUAAAGAAGUUCCUGUUCUUUCGAAUUUGACCAAAAAAACAAUUAUUCUUCCAAUUUUGGCCAAAACAAAUUCAGUUUCUAAAAAUAAUAAAAAUUUAGAGGAGCAAGGAGAAUCUGAAAGCUGGAUCAAAUCUCAUUGGCCUUUUAUAGACCCAUCAACAUACUUUCAAUGGACGGGAUAUAAGACGGAGGAUAGUAUUAUUUUGCCUGCCAUUUUAGGUGCGGCUUUAGUUAGUAUAAUAUUAUUCGCUUCACUCUGUUUUAUUACACGAAAUAAAAAAAAUAGUAAAUCAAAAGGAAGGAAAAGGAAUCGGAUAGUUAAAAUUGAAGAAUCAGGUGAUGACAAUGCUACUUUACUUACAACAUCAAACUUAUCCGAUGAUGAAUAAGCCCUUAAUAUACGUAAUGUACAAAUUUGAUGAAAAUCAUAUUUUUUUAGUGUAACAUAAAUAGUACUACAUUUUGAUCAAUACAUAAGAAACUUAAAAUCAGUGUAAGGGUAGUUCCAGUUAUAUUUUUUUGUACUAAGAAAUUUCAUGAAUGCAUUUGUGCAUACACAUACACAUAUAAUGCAUUUAAAAAAUGCAAAAAAAAAUUUAUAGAUUUUUGUACAUUAUAAAUAUUAUAUGAAUGAUUUGAUUUUAUUGCGACAUAGCGGCAUUUUUAUGUCCGGCGAUUAUCUGACAUUUGUUAUUAAUCUGUUGGGAAAGCACAUUAAAUUAAGAACAACGCUUAAUUGUAAUUUUCAUCCCAAAUAUUGUGGCAAUGCAGGCUUUUGGAGUGUGUAGCAUGAGCAAAAACUAUUGAAGUUUUAAUAUAAAUAAUUAUUGUAAUAAAUUAUAAUUUGAAUGUAUAUACAUAUAUGUACAUAUAAUAAAAAUCUUUAAAUGAUGAGUUGGGGAAAUCAAAGGAUAUGGAAUUGUGAUAUCUAUAGUAUUUAUAAAAUGAGGCACACGAAAAAGACUUAAAAAAAAAAGUUUAAUUUGCGUUAUUUAAAUUUAACUGAAAUUAUCGGUGGAAAAAGAAAAAAUUGGCUUUUAUGGAAUAUAUAAUAAUUUAGCGUAAUAGAUUGCUAAUAAACUUCUUAAGCAAUAAAUAAACUGAAGUAAACAAUUAUAUUAAAUACAUUUGUAAACGAAAAUAGUAAUAAUUAAAUAAAGUUUAUUGUAGGAUAUUACUUAUAAUGUCAAGUAUUUGUUUUUAACAUUCUAAUUCUACCUUAAAAAGCAUGUAAAUUAUAACUUAUUUUUUUUUUCAAAAAUAUAUGUAUUAUAUUUAAAUAAAUAUGUAACUAUUCAUAUCAAAAAUGUUUAGACUUGGAAAAACUCUUCAUAUAUCGUUAUUGUCUUGUAACAGGGAUAAUUGACUCGUUAUCUAUAACGAUAACUAUUACUAUGUUGGGCGAAUCACAUAAUUAUACAAAUUUUCAUUUCAGCUUUAGUUGUAAUUAGUAAAUUAUUUAGCAAUAAUAGUUUUUGCUACAUUUUUACUUACUGCAGCUUUCCUUUUAUGAGUGAUAGUUGCUUUUUA